GUUAAAACUUGAAAAUUAACGUGUGCGUUUCAUUUACACCAGAGUGUGAAAGAAAAAUGCGUCCAUCUGGCCGCGUCGAAUGCAACGGAGAUAAAGGUCCGUCCAAGGUUAUCAGCAAAAGUAUUACACGCGUCAGCAUCCCCCCCCAUUCGGUAACCGGUGGGUUGGUUCUGUUUAACUAACUUGCAUUUUGUAACUUACUGUGCGCGGCCCCGAAGACGGACUCGGUUAGAAACGCCACUGAAAUACGACGCUGCACGAGGGCAGGACUUAGCGCGCCUCCGCUCUCCGGCUGCUUCGCAUUCGGGGACGCGCACUGACUGACAAGCCUUCGCAGUAGCGCGAUGUGAUGGGGGGAAAGGGGGUGGGGGCCCCGCGAACGGCGUAGUCUGUACAGUGUGGUACAGUAAACGGGAUUAAAGUGCUGAAAGCUGCCGGAUAACAGCAGCGGACGGCUUCGUGCGGAUGCGCAGCGUGUGCAUGCGGACGCGGACAGCCGGGUCCGGGGUGCGCGGUGGGGGCAAAAUCAAACGGGAAAACUGCAUAAAAAUAUGCAUUUUUAGAGCGCAGACGUUGAGCCUCUCUGCCUAAAUGCAUGUGAUGACGAGAGGUAGUGCAGGGAAGGGGGAGGCAAGAUGAAAUAAAUAACAAAAUAUUGCAGGGUAGUUCAAUGGACUCAUAAAACUAGCUGUAGUCAAAGUUCAGGGGUGUGUGUGGGGGGGAGAAAAGAAGGGAAAAGUGCGGAGCAAUGGAGAACCAGGCGCCGGAGCAGCAGAGCCACGAUGACGUGCUGAAGAGCGGCUAUCUCCGCAAGCAGAAAUCCAUGCACCGGCGUUACUUCGUCCUGCGGGCGGCGUCGGAGCGCGGCCCGGCCCGGCUCGAGUACUACGAGAGCGAGAAGAAGUUCCGCGCCAAGGCGCCUGUCCCCAAGCGCUCCGUCAGCUUGGAGACCUGCUUCAACAUCAACAAGCGGGCCGACGCCAAGAACAAGCACAUGAUCGUGCUCUACACCCGGGCGGAGAGCUUCGCCAUCGCCGCGGAGAGCGAGUCGGACCAGGGCGAGUGGUUCCAGGCCAUGCUGGACCUUCAGUGCAAAAGCAAGGCCCCUGGCGACGGUGGCAGUGGGGGGGACUAUGGGGUCCCAUCGCCAGGUCCCGCCUUCAAGGAGGUGUGGCAGGUGAAAGUUUGGCCAAAAGGCCUGGGCCAGGCCAAGAACCUGGUGGGCGUCUAUCGGCUGUGCCUGACGGAGAAGACGGUGAGCUUCGUGAAGCUGAACUCGGACGCAGCUGCCGUGGUGCUGCAGCUGAUGAACGUGCGCCGCUGCGGACACUCGGAGAACUUCUUCUUCGUGGAGGUGGGCCGCUCGGCUGUGACGGGCCCCGGCGAGUUCUGGAUGCAGGUAGAUGACUCGGUGGUGGCGCAGAACAUGCACGAGACACUGCUGGAGGCCAUGAAGGCCCUGAGCGAGGAGUUCCGGCAGCGCAGCAAGUCGCAGUCGGCCGCCGCAUCUGGUGGGGGUGGUGGCACCGCCUCCAACCCCAUCAGCGUCCCAUCCCGCCGGCACCACCCAAACCCGCCCCCCAGCCAGGUGGGCUUCACACGCCGACCGCGGACUGAGCCUCCAGGCCAGGCAGGGGGGGGCAGUGGCGCCAAUGCCUCCCCCACGGCCCGGCAUGGCUUCAUCCGACUGCGUACAGCCAGCGACGGAGGCGGGAAGGCGGAGGAGGGUGUCCUGGCCCUGGGGCCCGGGUCCAGCCCCAAUGGGUCCUGUUCGGGGACUCCCAUCCUUAGGUCCAAAUCGGCUCGCUCCGCCACCCCUGGCAAGAACCCGGCAGGCCUGAUGCGGUCCAUCUCAACACCGACGCCUUCGGCAGGACCCAGCCUCUCCUCCAGUACGGGUCACGGUUCCGAGUUUUGCCCAGCGGUCGGAGCUGGGGGGGUGCAGGCGGCUGGCUUUGCGCGCGCCCCCCACCCCGCAUCUGUCUCCGGCUCCCCCAGUGACUACGGCUCGUCAGAUGAGUACGGCUCGAGUCCCGGUGAGCACUCGCUGCUGGCGGCGGAGCUGGCCGGCGGCUCUGUGGGGAGCCUGGGUGACGAGGCCUCCAACUACAUCUUGAUGGGCCAGCGGGGGGCCACCAGCGGGGGGCCACCAGCGGGGGGCCAGGGACGCCGCGUGCUGCGGCGCUCCUCCAGCCGCGAGAGUGAGACAGAGCGCCGGGCGCUCAGCAAGCGGGCCUCACUGCCCCCUAUGGCGCUGGAGCGUGGGGGCUCACGGCGGGGGGGCAGCGAGGCCGAGGCCGACGAGGACUAUGCCAUGAUGUCCCGCAGCGCCAGCCGUGAGUCCUUCAGCUCGCGCCGGGAUUCGGCCAGCGGGGGGGCGGGAGGCAGCGGCUACCUGGAUGUCGCCGGGGAGCAGAAAGAGAAGGAGGAGGCGGGGGGGGGCGUGGGCGUGGACAAUGGCUACAUGUCCAUGCUGCCCGGUGUUACUGCGGCUUCACCCGCCUCCCUGUCCAGCUCGCUGUCGGCAGCUGUCUCGGACCCGGACUCCAAACCCGCCGAUGACUACAUGGCCAUGACGCCCAGCGGCAGCGUAUCCCCCCCGCAGCGCAUCCGGCCCCCCCUCGCUGGCUCCGAUGGCUACAUGGUGAUGUCGCCGCACAGCAGCUGCUCGCCGGACGGCCGCGGCGGGAUGGGAGGGGCCUGGAUGGGCGGCAGCAGCGCCGACAGCCGGCCCGGCAGUGACUACAUGAAUAUGUCGCCUAUCAGCACCCCCCCGCCAGCCCAGGAGCACCAGCAGCAGCUCCCUCCCAAGAUGGUGUACUCGUAUUACUCUCUGCCGCGCUCUUACAAGCACACACCAGCGGCAAAGUCGGAGGAGGACGUCGGGCGUGGCAGGAAGUCAUGUGCCGGCAGGGGGGGCGGCUGCCCCGGGCCGCAGGAUCACGGGGGCACGGGGGGGCCCCCUGCCACCGCCCGCCACCUUUCCCUCUCCUCCUCCUCAUACUCAUCCAGCUCAGCCAGCAGUGAGAGCCUGGGAGACCCGGAGGAGAGGGGGGGCUCCCAGCCUGGCACCCGCCCCAAAGAGGGGGCCCUCCAGCAGAGACGGGCAUCCGGGGGUCAGAAGCAGGGCCUGCAGCACCGGGGUCGGCCCGUCAGCCUUUUCGUGGACGUGUCCAAAGCUAGUACCUUGCCGCGGGUGCGAGAGAGUCCCUGUUCUGUGGAGCCCCGCAGCCCGGGGGAGUACGUCAGCAUUGAAUUCAGGGCAGAGCGGGCCGGGGGAGGGAGGUUGAGCGUAGGGCCGCCUCUCCCAUGUGGGGCCCCCCGGGGCUCACAGCGACCCAUCUCCUGCCUGGCCGGCUUCCAGGCCACCCCCCAGAGCCCUGCCACUGCCCCCCCGGCUGCCUCCGAGUAUGUCAACAUGGAGCUUGGUCCCUCCCCCUCCCCCUCACCUGUGUCUCUUACCCCACAAGGUUUCCCCCCCUACCCGAGUCCUCCUGCUCCCCCAGCUGCAGUCCCAACGGCGAUGGAUGAAUGCCAGCCCCCCGUCCCAGGGGAGGACAGCGAGGGGGGACCCAGUGGGCCGCACAGGAUGCCACAGACAGAGGGCGCCACUGGCCCCGAGCCGCCCACUGCCUUCACUGAUUACACGGAGAUGUUCUUUGGAUCGAGCGCACCUGCCGACACCGACCCAGGUCCCAGUACCACAGCCCGCGCCUCUUCCCCUGCCAUCCCUGAGCCCGCUGGGCCCAGUUUGGGCCUGGGGCUCGACUUCUCCUUGCCCAAAGUGGGCAGCAACCCGGAUCAGGGGGCCAAGGUGAUCCGUGCCGACCCACAAGGCCGAAGGCGCCACUGCUCCGAGACCUUCCUGCCGCCCCCACCACCCCCCUCCUCCUCUUCUUCCUCUUCCUCCUCAUCUUCCCUGUUCCCUGAACAUGCUCAAGUGGUGACACGGCGGUUCGGCCUGGAGGCCGUGCUCCGGGGUGCCGAGGGCCCCGCUCAGUGUAGUGUUGUCAGCAUCACCACGCCCCCUGGUGGUGGUCAAGCAUCAUCAGGGGAGCAGGGCUUGAACUACAUAGACCUGGACUUAGCCAAUAAGGAGGGCUCGCACCCUGCUCUGGAUGGGGCCGGCACCGGCCAGCCCCUGCCCCCCCGCCUCUACUCAUCCGGCCUGAGCGUGGCAGCGGGGGGAGCAAUGGGAGGGGGCGGAGGCAGCAGCAACGGGCCGGCAAACCUCAACACCUACGCCAGCAUCGACUUCUACCGAUCCGAGGAACUGAGGAACCAUCAAAGCGGGGGCCGUGAUGGCACAGAAUGCUGACAGCCCUCCCGUCCUUGGAAUUUUGGGAAACUGGAGUCCCCCCCCCCCCCCCCAGGGGAACCUCAGCCUCCAGGCUGCUAUGGUGAUGUCCGGCAUGGCGGAGGGAGCGGAUGCCAGAACGCCGGGACUGGGACGCACCGGCGAAGCACUUUAUGAAACAUGGUUCUCAGUCAGCUCCUGGUAUGUUUCGCCCCUGUAAUCAGAGGGACCUCGUGCCAAAAGACCCGUCUGCCAGUUCAGUCGUAACGGGAAGCCCUACAGCCAUCGGAAUCGCAUACUGACACCUACUGCCAACUGGAAGCCCGUGGCGUAUUUCCUUUAUCAUUAGCGGGGGCUGGAAUUGAGCGGCAACUUGUCGCAAUGGACAUCGAGAAGGAGAUUUGACCUUAUGUAAAUGUCGCGCGUGUCCUGCUUGGAAAGAAAAAAGUGCCUCAUUUUUUGAUUGUAUGCAUCCUGCAAAGAUGGCCGACGUGUUUUACUUGAGUACGAGCAAAAGAAGCAAAGCAGUACAAAGUAACGUGAAUGAAGACGUUGUGGGCGACGGCAGGCAGGCCGACUGGAGGUCUGGUUUUGUUUGUGAAAUCCAUUCCCACGUGCCUGCUGCUUGACGGAGAACCGCCCCAACACACACACACACACACGCCGCCAGUGACCUCCUACUGCACGCAGAUGCGCUCGCGUACCCUCAGACCAGCCUCUCGGUACUACUUGAUACGUACACACACUCGCACGCGCAGACGCACAUGCAGGCAUAUGCACAGACGGCCGCCGGUCUGCAAAGCUGGCUCCACUGCCGGGGUGCCCGCUCACUCGCUCGUAAGCUUGCAGUUGGUCGUCAUGGUGACAUGCGGGCAGCUUGCGACACUGGCAGGCCGCCGCUGCAGAGUCCCGCCCACUCGCGGCCUGCGUCCCGAAUCCCAUUAAAAGGUAAUUAGCUCUGCUGCUUCAGUUCGCCCGUGACGGACAGCAGUCAGGUGGGGAGCCCCGGGAUGGUGCUGGGGGUGUGCUCUAAUUCCUGUCCAGCCCUCCCUGACCUCUUGCCCCCCCCCAGUGCAGGGAUAACAUGAUGGGGGGCUGGUAUCAGCUGUUGUAGGUUUGGCCGUCCCUCAACGUUCUUGCCAUGCUAAAAAACGUAGCAAUUCCCUCCCCAUGCGUGACCUGGCGGGGGCCUAAGUGCCUGACUCUUCUGCCCUUCUACAUCCCACCCGCUUGCAUUUGUGUCUUUGCCUUGGUCUGUUUUCCGCCUCAUUUUCCUGCCCCCCCCCCCCCCCCCGGUGAAGAUAGGGGUGGAAUGGAAGGUGGUGGGCGGAGCCAAGGCCACGCGCUUAGACCAAUCGCAACACGAGCCAAACAGCAGUCGCCGUGUGAUUUGACAGUAUCGCGGCGGGCAGUCAUGCUGCAUCAGAGAUCCAAUAGUGUCUCUCGCUUUCACACUGAGGUCACUACCUUAAACCUCAUAUUUUAAAGAUCAAAACGAUUGUUAAAGUGACCAUUCUGCCCCACAACAUCCCUGGGGUCCCAGUCACACCUCAGUGUUACAGUGCUGGUUAAUAUUUCAUCAGUGUUGCCAGAUUUUUUGUUCCUUUCCAUUUUUUCAUUUCUCUUUUUUUUUUAGAUGGAAUUGAUCAAUGAUAGGUACAGUAUUGGGGAAAAGUACAAAUUAGUAAAUAUGUGUUUGUUCUUUUGUGUACUUUUGACUGGUGUGUGUAUAUGUAUGUAUAUAUAAAAAGCCUUAGAGACGAUUGUGUGUCUUCUCCUCACAAAGCUGCUGGAAUCUGAGUACGAGAGUCUUGUGUGAAUAUUAGCAGAGAGAGACUGUCAUGCCGGCGGCGGCGUGCGAAUCCUCACGCUGCCCACCACCUGCCGCUCACCUUCCUCCCGCUGUCCCGGCGAUGUACUUUUUACUUUUCUUUUUCCCACCAACGGUGCAGUCAGUAAUUUGCAAACGGUUCCCGAACAGCUGAUGCCCUGAGUUUGGUGUGGAAACAGCAGCGAGCUUCAGUGCCCGGGGGACAGGGCACACCCUCCUUGGAUGACCCGACUGGCCUGUGGGGUCCACUGCUUUGGGUGGAGCCAUCUUUAAUUUCACUGGGAUCGUUACAUCAUCUGAGAUGAAAGUCAAAUACUGACAAUAACAAUUGGGGAGCGGGAGACUGUAUUUAGGUCAUAAGGAGCAUCUUAGGUCUGAGUUAUAGAAUCAUUAGGAAGUAGAAUUUAUUUGGGUGAGUAGGUGGGGGGGGGGGGACACGGGGAUUAUUUUGGAUUGUUCAGAAUAGAAAUGUUCCAUGAGAUCAUGCUUGCCUGCUCUGUGGAAAUCGCUCUAUCCCCCGGAAAACAAAAAUGGACAGAAGAUGAGAAAACAGAAUGGAGACACUCCAGUCUGGGUCCUUAAAGCACAAACGUCCAGUCUGGGUCCUUAAAGCACAAACUGGGUCACUACGGAUAGACUCCCCCCCCCCAAGCUCGUCCCGGGAAUGCCGAGGAGCGGGUCACAGUGGACCGGAAGGGGCUGGGCCACGCAGACCAGUGUCCCCAAGGACGACGCGGAUGGACAUAGAUGUGCGGACUUAAGGUGCCGAACGGGCUGGCGGUGAGGGUUUCCUUGGAGACGCUGUUAAAAAUGCCGAAUGAGUACAUGUGGAGAAACCAAAAUGGCAUUAAAAAGAGAGAAAAAAAACACA